CAUUCAAGAGAUCUGCGUAGUCCUUCCUUUGAGGCUAAGCUGAUGUGAUCUACCUUCAAAUCAAAGAUGAUAAACAAUUAAGACCUUUUAAUUACUUUUCACCUAAUAAGGAGAGGAAGUCAAAAUUUGGAAGGAAAACCCCUAGUACUUCCAAUUUCUUCAGGCCGAGUCAUAAACUAAAAGGUUUUGACACUGUAGUUGGAAGUCAGAAAAUAAUUCCCUCAUUUAAGGUGAUCCCUCCAGUAAGGGCUACACUUGCACAGGUGUGUGCUAGCUUGGACCACACCCUGAGUAUUGAAGAUUUUAAGGAUAAAUAAAUUUAUUGACAAAGGAGCCUUUUCAGAAGUGCUUGUGGCAGAAUGUGUCAUAAACGACCAAAAAUAUGCAAUUAAGAUGAUCAGCAAGAGCAAGAUGAAGAAUCCUGCAUUUAAGAAGUGCAUUGAGAGGGAGCUUGCCAUCCUUCCUAAGCUCAAGCACAAGAACAUUGUCCAAUUUGAAGCGGAAUUUGAAGAUGAUGAGAAUACUUAUAUAGUCAUGGAGUACUGCAGCAAGGGCAACCUUAGAAAUUACCUGAAUAAAAAUACUGCAAUUAGCCUCGAUCUGAUCAAAUUCUGGAUGUCAGAGAUGAUCAAUGCUUUAGUAUAUAUCAGCAAGUUUGAAAUCGUACAUAGGGACAUCAAGCCUGAAAAUAUCUUAUUUAGCGAUGAUUUCCAUGUCAAAAUCUGUGAUUUUGGAGCAGCUAAAUAUUACUCAAAGGAAGAAGCCAAGGAAGUUUAUGAAAACGAGAGUAACUCAGAUGAUAGUGAUUCUGACUCUGACUCUGAUUCAGACUCAGAUCAUAAGCAGCAAGGUAUUAAGAGACUCGACUCAGAUAAAGGGAUGCAUCUAAGUCUUGUAGCCACUGAGGCAAAGCACACAAAAAUAGGCACAGCUUGUUACAAAUCUCCAGAACAAAUAUUAGGAAAGCCUCCUUGAUUUGGAACCGAUCUCUGGGCAGUAGGAUGCAUUCUCUACGAAAGUAUUACCGGAAAGUUUCCAUUUGGCUCUGCAAGGUCCAUUGACUGUGAGGAUAAUAUCUUGAAUUGCGAUUACGCAUCUUCUCUGCACUCAAAAAGUGGAAAGUUUAAAGAUGCUUUCGACUUAAUAGCCAACAUCUUUAAGAAAUAUCCCAUCAUGAGGCUUGGAGGAGGACCCAAGGGGUCUGACUUGGACUUCCCUAGUAUGAUAAGCCAUCCAUUUUUCAAUGGGAUAAGCUUUGGAAAGUUGAAGUAUCUUUCACCACCGCUUGAGGCUGUCUGAAAAAUCAGCACAGAGGCACAAAAUCAAGAUGAAGAUGGAACAAUAGAAAGCAGUUCAAGUGAUGAGGAAAUGGAUGAAAAUCAUGUCCAAAAGCCUUCCUGAUUCGUCACUCAAAAUUUUGUCCCUAAGCUCUCUCCAGAGAACAGUCUCGGAGUCACCAAGUCGGUUGGUAAUCUUAUGAAUGCAUCUCGAAGUGAAUGUGGGGAUUUCUGUUCACCAAUUAAGAUGGGGUCGACAAGAAUUCCUGCUAAGGAAAAGUCUGACCCUUGUGGGAUGUUGAACAAAUCCAAUUUUUAAAGAUACUUCAAAGCCCUGAUGUCCUAGAAUAGAUGAAUUUUCUGUUCACCACAGCAGAUAGGUAAUCUU